UUUUUCUUAUAAAAUAUUUCACACUUCUUAUACCCAAGUAAGUCAUAGUUAAUUAUUUUUAAAGUUCAUUAAAGGAAUAUCUAAAAAUGCGCCGAGUAAUUAAUUCAGCAAAUCUAAGAACCCCUUCAUCAGUUAAUACUUUAUCAACUCUUUUUAUUAUUCGUCAUCAAAGCAGAGUUGCUUCUUCUCCAUUACAAAUAAAAAACGAUGAAAAUAAUUCUUUAAAAAUACAAAAAUCUUCUCUUAAAAAUAAUAAUAUUAAUAUAAGACAAAUAAAUUCUGAUUGUUUUUCUGAUAGGUAAAUUAAGUAUUUAUGAAGAUAAAUUUAGUUUUCUUGAUUUUAGACAUAAUGGCUCUUGUGGAUUUGGAUGAAUUAACGAACACAAACGUGCCAGAAAGUAUUCGUUUACGUCAAAAAUUGGGAAAACAUAUUCCGGAGGAAGGCGUAGACGAAUCUAAAAUGUUAAACGAAUUAAGAGAAAUUGCUUCAUUAAAUAAUCCCUACAAAACUUUUAUUGGUAUGGGAUUUUAUGAUUGUAUUGUACCUUCAGUAAUUGUUAAAAAUAUGUUACAAAAUGCUGGAUGGACUUCUCCAUAUACUCCUUAUCAACCAGAAAUAGCACAGGGACGCUUAGAAAGUCUUUUAAAUUUCCAGACUAUGAUAUCUGAUUUAACUGGUUUACCCUUUGCAAAUGCUUCAUUGUUGGAUGAAAGUACUGCUUGUGCUGAGGCUAUCGCUUUAGCUGUUCGUGUAACUAAAAGGAGAACAAUUUUUUAUGAUACUGGAUUACAUCCACAAAAUAUUGGUGUAAUGGCUACACGUGCAGAACCAAUGGAUAUUAAUUUUCAACCAUUGGAUAUUAAUGAAGGAAAUGUUAAUAAAAAGUUAGAAGAUAAUGUUGCUGCAAUUAUUUUACAAUAUCCCAACACAGAAGGGUUAAUUUAUGAAGAUUUGGAUUUAUUAAUUCAAUAUGCACAUAAAGAAAAGAUUCUCGUUAUAAUGGUUUGCGAUUUACUUUCCCUCACACUUUUACGUUCUGCCGGAGAUUUGGGUGCAGAUUUUGCAGUAGGUAGUGCUCAACGGUUUGGACUUCCUCUCGGUUAUGGUGGCCCUCAUGCUGGUUUUAUGUCUGUUGCCAAUUUAGCUUUGGCUAGACAAAUGCCUGGAAGAAUUGUUGGAGUUUCUAGAGAUCAACAGGGAAAUAUUGCUUAUCGUUUAACUCUCCAAACUAGAGAACAGCAUAUUCGAAGAGAUAAAGCAACCUCUAAUAUUUGCACUGCUCAAGCACUUCCUGCUAAUAUUUCUGCAAUGUAUGCAAUCUAUCAUGGACCCAAUCGUUUAGUUUAUAUUGCCAAAAUGAUACAUAAAGCUACAUCAUUUCUUUCUCAAAGUAAUUUGAUUUUGUUCAGAUUUUGUAAGAAUUUAAUGUUUCCUCCUCACCAGAGGUGGGUCGGAACAGUCAGAGGUGUCGGAAAUCGGAAGAGCCGGAAAUCGGAACUGGCUCAAAAGUCGGAACUUGGAAAUCGGAAAUCAAAAUUUUUUCGGAAAUCGGAAGGAAAAAACGCCUGAAUUAGGAAUUCCGGAUUCCGACCCAUCUCUGCUCCUCACAUCAUUUUUAUCAAUCAUUUAUUUUUAUCAUUUACAGACAAACAUUUGUUCC